AUUGGUAACUGGUUGUGUUUGCACGUUUUUUUUAAUUAAAACGUUUCUAAAUAACUAUAUUUCAAACAAACAAUAUAGUGUUAUUUAGUGCAAGGGUGAGGACUGUUGUUUAAGUUAUUUUUACAUCAAGUUGUUUUGAAUACUGAAACAAAGUUUUUGAAGAAAGUCGAAUCACAUCGAACGAACGCUGAGGAUAAUGAUAUCUCGCAUACAAUUAUGACAAAAUUUAAAUCACUUCCAAAAGAACUCGUAAAGAAAAAAAUCUAUGCAGGUGUGCAAUACGUGAAAUAUGUUCAACAGACCAGAAAUAACAGCGGAAUGGACGGUGCACGCGCAAGUCACUAUAUCUCAUCCUGGACAGGAAACAAGAACAGGAAGCGAAAAUCCAUCAGAAGAUGGAAAUGUCCGGGUAGUUUAUUCUUGGCAUGGGCACAGUGGAGAUGACUCAGGUGGUGCAGCUGCCACAGUAUUGAAUCCUACUACUGAUAGGUACGGUUUCAAUCGUGGUGGUAUGACGUUUUCUGUUGUUCCUCCUUGCAAAAGUAAUCAAAUGUCCGAUUCUGGUUAUACAAGUGAAAAGCCUGCUUCUUUACAUUCGCAAGAAAAGAAAUGCAGGAGCACUUGUAAUAUAACACUGACAACGCCUCAUGCUAUGCAGAUGGUGCCAUCUAUACCUAAUAGGAGAGCCUUUAGUCUGAGAUGCCCAUCAAGUACAAUUUCUGAAAAUGUAACUGCAGACACCAUUCCUAAGAGAGCGAAUACUUUCACCACGCAUUUUUGCACAGAGUUACCGGAGAGAAGGGUCGAAAUAAGAGACGCUGCAUCCCAAACAACCCCUAUUCCAACGGAAGCGGAUACUGAAGAUGAAAGGGAUAGGGCUGAAAGCGUUAGAAGGAAGAAUAGGGUUUAUGCUAGGAGAAGGCACGAAACAGAUUCCGUCAUACUAGGGUCGAGGAAUUCUCGAUCGACCCCUCGACGAUUAUGCCGUUCUCCUGCAUCGAAAUUAUUAUCAUCUCCCGAAAUAUCAAAUUUGACUGUACAAACUCCGAUCAAAUUAAACGGAAAAUCAACCAAUUUACCUCAAACAGAAUCGCAAAUUUCUAAAACUUCCGAAGGAAACUCUAGUUCAGAUUCUCGAAAACCGCGCACAGUGCACAUAGAUGUUUAUUGCACAGGUUCCGAGAUUGACGAUGAGGAAAAUAUAGAAGAAAAUAGUGAGAAAAGCUCUAAUAGUGAAAAUGACGACUCAGCAUCGACCCCACAAACGGUGUUUGAAUCAGAAAAGGUACGUGUUAGUCAUACAAAGAUAUCAAACCCAAAAGAACUGCCAAGAGCUUGGAUGAUGCACAAAGGAGGUAUUAAACCGAGUUCUUCAUCUGGAUAUCCCUCAAUGGCAUCUUCUUCGUCUACUAUAGCAAAAGGUUUGAGCGCUUCAACGAUGUCUUCUCUGAUGAAUUCUGGAAGCAGACUGGGAUUCUCUAGUCAUGCUACUUCUUGGAAAGAUACAACAACGUCGGAUAUGGAAUCUUUAUUGAAUUCGGCACCAAAUAGCAGACCGAUAAGUAUGGCACCAAGUAUUGACAGCUUUGAUUACGAAGACUCUCUAGAUAAAGAACGUAUUCAAGCUUUAGACCGAUUGUUAUGGAUUCAGAGUAAAACUUGGAAGUCGCCUGAUGUAGAGAGAAAAUUACGAUCUAAACUGCAACAUAUAGAUAGUGACGAGAGUAAUGAAGAAGAAGACGAAGAAACUAGUAGCUGGAUAUUUUCUAAAACAGAUGAAGACAGCCCUUGUAGUAUUGUAAGCAGAGAAACUGAUUUAUAUAGGCCGACAUUGACACAAAUGAGUAGUCAGAUAUCUUCCAUGGAUGCCGAUGAAAGAAACUGCAUUCCUGGAGAACAUAUAUCUUAUUAUAAUAUACACGAGGAUAAAUUUGAUGUAAUCAAUGCAAAUUUGAGACCCAGUUCAGAUACUAUAUCCAAACUGCUCCAAAGUCCUGGUGUGGCAACUAAAGUUCAGAAUCCUGAAAUUGAAUGUGGUUUAACAAGCUCAAACAUAAAUAUUCCUCAAGUUCAACAAGGAAAGUAUAUUCCGAAAAAAGAUAAUGAUUUACAACAUACACAACAAAGUACUAUUAAACCUGCAGUAAAUAAGGGCUUUGUUCAUAGAUUGACUAUCGGUAACACUGGCGCUGUCAAAGUUGAAGAAUCAGAAAAUAGCAUUCCUGAAAAGGAAUCAUCUCGUUCAACAUCUCCAUUUAUUAAUACAUUGCCAGGGUACUUCACUGGCCACCUCGAACGUGCAAGGCGUUUCGGAAAUGUUAUGGGGACGUUGAAAAAACCUGGCCAUCAUGUUGGUCCUGCCAAAAAUCCUAAUUGCUCUUGUGAGCAUUGCAAGAGGUGGAUGUCAAUGGGGGGUGCAACCAGGGGGCGAGCUUUUAGUGCUGGUGCUGUACAAAUUCAUAGACCAUACAUUCGUCGGGACAGCAAAAGAAAUACGAGCGAAGAACCAGAAAGUGUCAGUUUAGGGUGGACUGAUUUGUGAUAAUAUAAUUCACGACUGAAGGGAAGAAAAUUCAACGCAUAUAAACGUGUUUCGUAUUUCAAUAUUCAUAAUAUCAUUUGUAAUAAUUAUUUCAUCAAUAUAUUUUGUAUCAUCUUAAUAUAAAACAUAGUAAUCGAAUUCAUAAGAAUCUUCAUGUAACUAUUCAAUUAAUCAUUUCAUAACAAU